ACUUGUUAUAUCACAGGAUUUAGGUUUUAGAAAACUAUUAAUAGUUAGUAUCUCUACUUGAUCUGUGACAUAAAUGUUAAGAGUGAAUGGGACAAAGGAUGCAUAUUUUGUCUUUCUUUUACGUACUACAAACUACAUACACAAUGGAUUACUUUAUUCGUUUGCCUUCAGAAACUGAAGCCAGAUAAAUUGUUGGCUUAUGAAGUAUUUUGAUCGAUAAAAUUUUAAGAAUAUUUUUUUAGUCUAUAAAAUAAAGUGAUGGUGAAUUGCAAUGUAUAUGGCUGCAAAAGUCGCACUGAACGAAAUCAGCUAAACAUAACCUUUCAUCGUUUUCCCAAUAAUCCUCAAUUAAAAGAUGCAUGGAUUGAGUGCACUCAUCGAAUUAAUUGGAAUCCAAAGAGUCAUUCUCGGAUUUGCUCUAAACAUUUUGACCCUAGUUGCUUCCAGCAAAAAUCAAAUAGAACCUACUUGAAUCCACAUUCAAUACCUACACUUUUCAUUAAGGUAAAAUUAUUUCUUAAAUCUUAAUUACCCAUAUAGACUCCGCAUAUAAUGAGUAACAUAUUGUAUUUUGAGUUGUAUAAUAAUUCAACACAAUACAGCUGUGUGCCUCAGUCAUGUUACCAUAAUUCUGGCAACAUCUCAUUGAUAAAAUUAUACUUUGAUAUUAUUUAUUGUUAUUAAGUAGAAAGCCCAAUGCCCAUUCAAUUACUCAUAUGAAAACUAAAAACACAUCAUGACUAUCAUAUUUAUGAUACUAAAGUCUUAACAGUACAAAACCAAAUUGUUCAUUUUAAUCAUUAAAAAAAGUUUGAGUUAAAACAAAGAUAAAUAAGGAACAUAGCUAAAAUUUAUUAAUUUGCGUAUGUUCAUUCAAUAGAUUAGUGAUACAGCAGACGUCACAUUUGAUGUUAAGAGUUGUCGUAUAAAUUUAGCGUUGUUCUUUGAGAUUAGUCGACAUUGAACCACAAAACCAAUUAUUUCCCCAUUUAAACGAAAUAUUAAUAUUAUCUAUCGACGUAAGAAGAGAAAUGAGAGUUUUAUUCAAUGAUUAUUUUAAUAAUUCUUACAUCUCACGAUUCACGACCUAUUGUUUUACUAGUUUAGCGCUAAUAUAACAAGUUAGUUUCAAAUGUCAAAGUCAUUAAAUUAUAGAAACCGCAAUUAACAAUAACCUAAUCUAUAUGUUACUAAAAUACAAUUGCAUUUAACAAAAGUUACAUAUUAUGUAUUUACGUUAAUACUUAAAUUAAUAAUGAUAUCUUUUAAGUCCUGACAACUGUCAGAAUCCGCCAUGAUAUACAUACGCUUGUUAUGCAUUAAAGUUUGUCGUCAAUUCGUGAUCGGAGCUAGUUGAGCAAUCAAUUAGUUAUUAAAAAAAGACAUUUGCGACUUCAACACGAAUAUUAGUUAAAAAAACGUUACUGUAAGUAAACUGUUACAAAAAAUGGCUAAGUGUUGUAUUUUAAUGUGUGGUGCAAGAAAAAACAAAAAACAACCUGAAUUGACGCUUCAUAGAUUUCCAAAAAAUGAAGUUUUAAGGAAAAGAUGGCUUGAGGCUAUCGGUGAGAGGAAGAUAGAUCCUGGGCAAAAAGAAUGGUUGGUCUGUUCAUUACAUUUUGAAAAAAGUUGUUUUAAUAAAACACUUGAUGUCAUAAGACUUCGUGACAACUCACUGCCAUCAAUAUUUCCAUAUCAAGUAAGUUAUAUUAAAUUCAUAAGCGUUCAUUUUGUCGACAUUUACUAUGUGCACAAAUCAUACAGCAGAAAAAUAGAAUACUCAUGACUUAGUUGACUUUUUCCUUUUAAAGUUUGUAGUGGACAGUGCCUUACAAAAGCAACAUAAAAUGUGAUAGAUAUUGUAAAGAGUCUCUGUACCUAAAUUUUCUUCCUUAGUUUUAUAUAAAUCACCGUAACUUAUUUUUUAAUUAGGGCCGUAUAUCGUUGUAACAUGAACGUAACCUUAAAAGAGAUAAAACUUAAAAUGUUUCAAUGCCUUUAAAAAACUAUUUAAAUUAUUAUUAUAAAUAUGUGAUACACAAAUGUGAAUAAAUUAUAUCUACAUACGUGAUUUUUUACAUGGCAUGACGUGACAACCCUGAACAAUGGCAGCCAUUUUGUGGUACGAAUCUAUGGUUAGGUAUAAACUGUACAAUACAGGUAGCAGAAUUAUUCAUGCGGAAUUUGGAAAUAAAGAGAAAAAUACAGAAAAUAAUUAUAUAAUAUGUAUAAAUGAUCGAACUUUUGUCAUAUUCAUUGAUUUACAUUUCUGAAAAAUGAAAUGAAAAGACAAGUAAUUUAGGUAAGGUACAUAAAAAUAAUUACAUGAUAACUUUUUGUAAUAUCUAUAAAAAGUUACAAGUAGAUUCGUCUGUUGAUGUCUUGUGCCUGUGUAGGCAUGUAUAUAGCUUAUAACAACAACGAUCAAUAUGGCUGCUUUAAUGCGUUAAAACAGCCGUAUUACAACUCUUAAAGUGUUUAGUGUAAAAUAUUUUCCGUUACAUUAUGGUCCGAUAACAUCGAUUGUAUUGGUCAAUUAAAGGUAAAACGUAUUUUGAUAGUUGUAUUUCAAUAACUUAAAGGUAUUUUACUAUUCUUUAUGUAGGGUGACAAUUACAUCGCAAAUAUUUCGGAGCUUUCACUACUUGGUGUAUAAUAUAUUUACCUAUAACUUUAUAAUAGGCGGUUAAGGAAUACUGUGACCUGUUCAGUUUAUCAACAAUAAGUUUGGAACGUUAACUAGAAAUAUUCAAAUAAAUAUACAGACAUUACUUGCAGUUAGCCAUAUUAAUUAACCUUUCGUAAACCUUGUUGGCAAUAAAAUUUGGUUUGGAAACCAGAAUUAUGUGCUUAUUUUUUCCGAAACUUAUGCUAUGAUAAUCGUGAACAAUCAUGCUUUCGAAUAUCUUUGUAAUCUUUAAUUUAUGGACACUGAGUAAAAAGUGUACUCUCCCACAGUCUAUCCUCUUCAGAAAAUAUUGUAGCGACGUUGGCAUUAUACUACACUAGAGCUAAGAACUUUACAGUUAGAUAGAGAUGCAGUUAUAGCAAUGGUUGUUAACUAUUGUGUCUAUGGACCAACUAUGUCAAGGACCCUGGCGGUUGCUGACUAGUGACUAGUGUAAAAUUAAAAUAGCACAAGUGCCUGCAGAUAAGUUUUUGAUUUGACAAUUCACAGUUGCGGCGAUUGUAUUGUGACUUUGCACUUGUUUGGUCCGAUUACCAAGAAAUGGAAACAUGAAUAAUCCUUGGUUGUCGGGCCGAUUUUUAUUGUUUGUCACGAUUAGUUCUGGUAACACUUAAUGACACUCGCGUCUUUGGAUUAUUGUGUGAAAUAAUGGUGAAAAUAGUGUUCUGAGGAAAGUAUUCAGUGAUUUUAGAUAAAAACACUACAAGUACAAUGGUGGGUUGCAGCGUUUUAGGCUGUAAAAGCCGUAGUGAACGGAAACUUCAUGAAAUAACUUUUCACUUGUUUCCAUCUAAUCCAGAUAUUAAAAUUAAAUGGUUGGAGGCCACUGGGCGAAAAAAUUGGCAUCCAACCAAAUUUUCGAGAAUUUGUUCACUUCAUUUUCAUGGUGCCUCAUUCGUGUAUAGAGGAAAAAAGGUACAACUUAAACCGUAUUCAGUACCUGAAAAAUGCGUAAAUAAAACGUCGGAAAGGAGAAAACUAUACAAAUGUGAUAAGUGUAUCAGAACAUAUACAAAUAACAAUGCUUUGGAGAAUCACAAGAGAGUCAUGCACAGUAUAGUAAAUAAUACACCUCCAAUGAAAUCGUGUGGUAAUAAAAACAAAGCAGCAACUGAUAAGUUUGAGAGAUACCAGUGCCCCGUUUGUAAAGCAAUUUUCCCCUCAAAAUUUGUUGCCACCAAGCAUAUAGAGGUUUAUCAUAGUAAACAGUUAACAGCCAUCCACCCAGUAAAACUUCAGGAUUGUCCACAUUGCAAGCAGAAAAACAGGAAUUUAGCUCUACACAAGUGUAACUGUGAGAUACAGAAAAAUAAAAUUGGUGUGGGCCAUGACGCAACCACCGAGAAACAGGGGAAAUCAAAGGAAGAACAUUAUUAUUGCUAUUUGUGUAGCAAAGUUUUCAAUAACAUAAACAAAUUCACUGUUCAUGUGGAGUAUCAACAUAGCAAAAGUGUUGAGACCAUGUUCUUUCCUAAUAUGACACAGUUCACCUUAUGGAAGGACCAUAUAGAGAAAUUAGCAUUUAUUCAAUACCGUCUAUGGUCAGAGGAAAUAAAUGGAAGGCAAUUUUACCAUUGCAUCAACACCAAAAUAACAGAUGUGUUCACUGAACGAUGUCCAUCUAUAAUUGUUGUACAAUCAUACUCAAAAGGAAUUCUAGCCAGAUUGUAUAAAACCCAUGCUAAUCAUAAAACUUGUGAGUAUAAUCUAGCAAAAGAAUUUCGAAAAUAUCGUAUCACAGACUUUCUGCAAUCAAUAGACAACUCAAAUGGAUAUGAUCAAUAUUUAGAUUUUAAAACUUUAUUGGAAAAUAUACUGGAAGCAGCUGCUAAAAUAAAAAUAUCUGGCUUAAAGGAACUGGUAGAAAAAGCAUUAGAAAUGACAAUCAUAUUAAACAGAUACGACGAUGAUGACAAUCCUAUAAAACCUAAUCACGUACCAACAAAGUCCUUGACUGAUGCAGAAAUAACCGAAGUCUUAAAACAAGAAGCAAAAGUAACAAUCAAGAGAGAAAAUUUAGAAUUAGAUAUUUCAGAGCCGUUGAAGAAAAAAGCCCAUAUGGUAGAUGUAUCUCCUAAAAUAGUAAAUACUUUCUCCUUAGCAGAAUAUCCUGUUGGUCAACAAUCUGACACAGAUUCUUGUGAUGAUAUUGACAAUAAAAUUUUAAUUAGCAAUUAUGUAGGUAAACAGAAAUUUAAAUCUUGUAACACUAAAAUUGAUUUACUAGAUGAUAAAGACACGGAGUUUUCUAGUUUUAACGAUACAUAUAGAGAUUUUGUUAGAAAAAACUUAAGUUUAUCCAAACCAAUGGUCACUCGGUCACGUCGUUCACAUACAACUAUAAAGACAAAUUGCAGUCAGAAAAAUAAUAUAACCAUGAGUAGCGUUGCUGAUGUAACUGACACUAUAAGUAAAACUUCUAAAAAGUCUACUGCAAAUUCUAAAGUGAAUACUGUUAGUUCAGUAAACAUUAAUAAUAGUGGCAGUUCAAUGAAUAAUGUGGCUGAUUCUCCAGUCAAUCCGCACAAUAUUUCAACUACAGAAAAUGUUCAUAGUAGUUUAGCACCUAUUGUAACACCUGCUCCUAAUCAUUUGAUGAAUAAUAACAUGGUAUUUGUAGCGGUUCCUUAUGCCCCUGUGAAUACCAUGAUUCCUACCACCUCUACAAAUCCAUUUUUCAAUCUUGUUGGUGUUUCAAUACCAGAACACAUAACUGUAACACAGACUUUAUCGAACAAUAUUAAUAAAUCCAAUCUUAAAGAAGAAGCAUCACCUUUAACUCAUGAUAAUACCAAUAAGAAUGAAAAGGACAACUCGGAAGUUAAAAGUACUGAAACAGAUGAUAAAGUUAAUACAGAUGUUGAUAGCAGUGACUCAGAUGUGGGAAAUGAUACAGAAGCAAGUAAAGCCGAUGACUUUAAACCUAAAAUUAAACAAAAACCAAGUGUUAAAUUAGAAACAGUGAAAAAUAAUACUAGAACACCUAAAAAAAUUGAUUAUGAAUAUGAAGUGAUUGAACAAGAUAGUGAUUGUAAUAUAUUAGUAUUAAAAUUAUAGUGUUAAUGUCUGUGUGAUUGUCUGCAUGUUUACUGUAUCUAUAGUUAAGUCUAGAUAAUAAUGCUAGUUAUAAGACUAUUGUAACAAUUAUGUCAAAGAUCGUUUUUUGUUUUUGCAGGAUGAUGGUUACACAAUUCUGUUUUAAAAUUGUGUAGCGCAAAUUAGACUGACUUUUUUGUAUUUGGUCAAGAAUUAAAAAGAUAAUGUUAAGCGAUCACUGUUUAGCUAUGAAUUAUAUAUAUUAUUAUAUAUUGUAAACAA